UUGCAACUUCUCAUUUUCUCUGCCUCUGGCCCUCUGCCGCUCAUUCCACUUGACAGUUAACACUUCCUCUGCUAGAUGUUGAACCGAAAUUGAAAAAACAAGGCUAUGCUUCGCGCCAGACUCACAUUAGCUCGACUCAAGCGCCCACGAAUUCGACACUUCUGCACCAACACAUCCAAACCCACCACGAAAAAUAACAGUAACGGUAUCAGUGACAAGAUCGAAUCAAAUGUUAGUAAGUACGACGAGGCGUAUCGCCAACUCGACAAGCUCGAUUUCAUGACUGCCGCCAAGAUCCUCUUCAACGAACCCCCCAAGAAAAAGAAGUUCGGGAUUGAUUUCCAUCUGGUACAGCUCUUUUUUGCAUGCAUGCCUUCAUUGGCUGUAUAUUUGGUGGCUCAGUAUGCCCGGCACGAAAUGAAAAAAAUGGAUGCGGAACUCGAGCUAAAAAAGAAAAAAGAAGAGGAGGAGAAAGCAAAAGAGACAGAAAUAAAAGCUAUUGAAGAAAAAAAAGCUAGGUUUGAUCCAGAGAUUUUAGAGGUGAAAGUCAGACUGGAUAAACUAGAGGAAGCUGUCAAAGAAAUCGCUGUUGGAUCAGGAAAACAAUCAGUCGACCGUGCAAUAAACAACCAGGAAGAUAGUAUUAAGAAAAAGCGCAUUGUACCAACUGAAUCAAGCAAAUCCUUGGAGAAAAACAAGCUUAGUGAACAAAGAUCUAUGGAACUAGCAUCAAGUAAAGCAAAGACAACCGAAAUGGCCCCAAGUCCUGAUGCUUCCCAGCAGAAUCAGAAGGACAAGACCGAAAAGGGAGGAACUUCUGGAGAUACUAAGAAAUGAAAAAGAAAAGCUUCAUUGGUAAAAUCCUGUACAAAGGCUCAUUUUUUAACAAAAUGAUGCAGUGGCUAUUUUGCAUAAGAAUCAAUGAUAUGUCUUGCCUUUUUGGGUUGUGAAUAGGGUGACAUGGAUAGGUGCAAUGUUCAACGGUUCUAAAUUGCUAAUGUUUGAAAAAGAAAGUACAUUAGCAAAAGAAAGUAUGUAUGCUGAAGUCAGUUAUUUUUCUUGUUUGUUCUGAAGUAGAUCAGAUAUUGAAUGCUUAGUGGCUUAAUGCUUAAACUGUGACCGAUGCUUUUCUUGCAAUGCACUUCAGGUUUUUACCCA